AUGUGGUCUCAGAUAGACACUUAUAUGAACGGAAAACUUGUGUCCCUCAAUACUAGCUACUAUGCUUGGGAAGCCUACCUAAAACUUCUCCUUUCGAGCGGUAGUGAUGUCUCUCAAUCCCAGUUACAGUCUCAGCUUUACUAUCCAGACGACGACGACAUGGACAAUCCGGACGCAUACGGAGGCACCAAUGGGGGCCUUAACAACCGCUAUGCAUUUACUCAAAACAGCCAAAUAUUCGAUUUAGAUGGUCCAUUGUACGAAGAUAUAUUUAGAAUUGAUAAAUACUUAGUCAAUGGGGUGGAUUUACACUUGAAACUGUUUAGGAACCCCGCUGCAUUUGUCUUGAUAAGCAAAGAAGUCUCCCCUAGCUACAAGUUGCAGUUGCUAGACGUGUCCUUUAAAGCAUGCAUGAUUAAGGUGGACAGUGGAAUUUUGAUCAACCAUGCUGAAAUCUUGAAAGACAAGACGGCUAAAUACCCCCUGACUAGAACCGAAGUAAAAAUAAGCACCUGUACUCAAGGUUCUGGAUCGUUUAUCUGGCAGAACGUUUGGUCUAACACCUUACCGACCAAAGCCGCAUUCUGUUUCAUAUCUCAAAAAGCUGUCAAUGGUCAUUACGAGAAGAACCCAUUCAACUUCCAGAACCUUGUGGAAGAGAUUGCACUUUACGUGAACGGGGAAAGCAUGCCUACCCGCCCCAUGAAAAUCGACGUAGGAACUAAUCAAAAUAACGUCACACUCUUUGUCAAUUUAUUUGAAGCGGCAGAAAAAUGGAACAAAGAUGCAGGAUUGGAAAUAACAAGAAGUCAGUUUGGCAAAGGAUAUACCAUAUACACUUUUAGCCUGGCCCCUGGUGACCUAGGUGAAGAGUAUAUAAACCUGGUGAGACAAGGAAACAUUCGACUCGAAGUCAAAUUUGCUGCCAAUACAACGGAAACCUUGAACUGUCUGGCCUACGCAGAAUUUCCGGCCCUCUUGGAAGUGGACCAAUCACGGGACAUCAAAUACACUAAAGUAUGA